CUCAGGAUUUCAUAUGAAAAUGUUGUGAAGGGGAGUACAGUAUAUAUACUAUUGAGUCAAAAAAUAUGCAAAAAAAAAAAAAUAUAUAUAAUUAUUAUUAUUCCUAGAUAAUGAACUCCAUUGAGAGGGUCCAGCUCAAUAAUGCACGACAAGUCUGACUGUCUGUCGACUGCAUUGAUGGGAGCUAGUGAACUGAACUGAAUCAGACUACCACACAAAGUGACCAACCACUGGCAUUGUGAUCAGUUAUGUUCAACGAUGAUCCAAACUCUCUGAUUCUCCACUGCAAUGUUUUGGUCUCAGGCCCUGCAGAGAUGGCCCUUCACAUGUGAGAGGUUAAAUAUCAUGUUCUCUCAUGUGUUGUCUGGUGUCCGUGGGUACAGUAUGAAGGGCCUCAGCUAUUAUGCUCCCUAGGGCCCGACAUGGACAGUUAAAGAGCUGCGUGUGCACAAAUACUGAGUCUUGACAGCAGAAAAAUAGGUAUCACUGUAACUGUUUAAAAUUUAAAACUGGAUUUAAUAAGAAUAAGACUUGUCUGUAUUAAACUAUUAGGCAUCCAGUUGUGUGUCUGCUGGUCACCUACAGCACACAGAGUCUGUUGUUUGAGGCCACGUCACAGUCAGUACCAGGAGGGAAGCGCACUGGGAGUCACACUGACUUUGCAGCACAGCAGAGAACAACGCAUCAUCAUCAUGAGUGUCUCCCUCUUUGUGGGGCUCAGCUUGUCUCUGGCUCUGUCAAGUGCCACACAAGUGGGUCUGAGCAACAAGGUCCUGAUCUUCCCGUAUGAGACGGACUUCAGCUUCGUAGCCCUCAUCCCUCAGAAGGAGAUGUCCCUGAAGGCCUUCACUCUGUGUAUGCGAGUAGCGACCGAGCUGCCUGAGGAACGGCAGAUCAUCCUGUUUGCGUACCGCACCGCCGACUACGACGAGCUCAAUGUGUGGCGCGAAAAAGACGGACGGGUCUCCUUCUACAUGAGCGGCGACGGGACCUUCUUCCACCUGCCGCCCCUGACCACCUUCCGCACCAGCCUCUGCCUCACCUGGGAGUCCGUGACUGGUCUUGCUGCAUUCUGGGUGGAGGGGAAGCGCAGCACCUACCAGGUGUACAAACCAGGACACAGCAUCCAGCCGAAAGGCUCCGUCAUCCUGGGUCAGGACCCGGACAAACACCUGGGCGGCUUAGAGGCCACGCAGAGUUUCGUUGGUGAGGUGACCGACCUGAACAUGUGGGAUCAUGUUCUGAAAAGGAGCCAGAUCCAGGCCUGGCACUACGGCCACAAGAUCUCCAGUGGGAACAUCUUUGACUGGGCCACCAUCCAGUACGAGCUGAACGGCAAUGUGAUGGUGGUGGAGGAGGACUGACUGGAGGAGGAGUCUCAGAUGCAACCGGACACUGCUCUGGAGAUCUGUGCCGGGCUGAUGCUGAUGUGCCUCAUGGUCCUUCUCAAGUGUAGCUUAUGUUAACCAGCUAUUUUGGGAUACUCUCAAGUUGCACGUCAAAGAGUCCUAACACUUGCUCUCAACUUAGGAAGACAAACUUUGACUUUCAUAGAUUGACUUUCUUUUUGUCUUUAGUUUGCAAGGAUGAAAUACCACUGCAGUUCAAAAUGCACAUGAGCUUUUACACUGACACCAAAGCAUUUCAACAACAUGGGAACUUUGAUGGACCACUGAACUCAACUUUAAGCUGCUUCUUGUAAAUGUUAACUGUGGUGGGUUCAGCACAGUGUGGCAGCAGUAUGGUACACGUGCUGGUGCCUUCUUAUCAAUGCAAAAAAAUUGAAUUAAUAAGUGGUUUCAUAAUUCAUUGCAAUGAAUAGCAUCACAAUAUUUGACACCAGAGUGACCACGUUGAAGUUGAAUCGGUGCCAUAAGCUUGAACAUCAGGGAGGAAGUGGUCCAGUGAUCUCUAUCUCCACUUCUACCGUCACUAGUCAAAACUGAGCCUCCAUUCCUCUGAAGAUAAGAUUGUGAACGGUUGCACAUUUUCUACUUCACCUUCAGCGAUGGUCGACCAUCUUGACCUAGAGUUCUGAGUUCCAAAAGAACAGGCUGAGGAGAUGGAUACAGUAUAGAUAAGGAGGAACUGUUUAAAGAUGCCACUCACAACUAUGCUUCUUUGACAGAUACCGCACUGCCCAACUUGUGCGAGGUCAAAUCCUGAUCCGUUUUCCACUAGUAGCCAGUUGGAUUCUGAAAAAGAACACUGAUCAAACUACUAAACUUUGGCUAAAUGCUCUGCAGCUUAACUUCUCUGCGAGAACAAUGAUCAUAUUGACAUUGUGUUGCCUCAGGUUUGGCUGCUCGCUCAUGAAUUUUAAGUGUUUCCUCUGAUGCAAAAACGCUUGCGGCUUUGUAAUCUCUCUGUGCAAAAAUGUUUAAAUAAAACUCUUUGAACUUUG